CUUGUCAGUUUCAAGUUGCGCCUUCUCUCCUCUGCGCCUGUUUUAGCUUGCGCCUCUUGGUCUCCUUUUGCUUCGUUCAUUCACAUUGUGGCUUUUUUUUCUUUUUUUUGCGAAGUUAAACGUGGACUAACUAGCAAAAAAAUGGCUUCUCCUACGCUACGAUACGAAUGAGUGGAUUAUAAUCACACAAGAAUGAAAAUGCCUGAGGCGGGGAGUUAGAGCCUUCCCCUCGAAGAGAGAAACCGACUGCAUCAUCCGGGGCUGGUAUCGGACCCAGGGACCCCUGUGGGGGCGGGGGGUGGGAGGGGGUUGUAGGGCCCUAUCAGCUUGGUGCGAGUCUGGACCAUGGGGGAUGGAAGCGUCGGUGCAAGCGGCGGAAAAGGGCUCAACCGAUCCCACGUCCUGUUCGACAGCUUCGUCCAGGCCACCACAUGCAAGGGAACUCUCAAGGCCUUCCAGGAGCUGUGCGAGCAUCUGGAAGUCAAGCCCACCGAAUACAGGGUCUUUUACCACAAGCUCAAAUCCAAACUCAACUACUGGAAGGCCAAAGCUCUUUGGGCCAAGUUAGACAAGCGGGCCAGCCAGAAGGAGUACAAGAAGGGCCGCGCCUGUACCAACUCCAAGUGUCUGAUCAUUGGGGCGGGGCCAUGCGGCCUACGAACAGCCAUCGAACUCGCCUUCCUGGGGGCCAAAGUGGUGCUGUUGGAGAAGAGGGACGCUUUCUCCAGGAACAACGUGCUGCACCUUUGGCCCUUCACCAUUCAGGACCUCCGGGGCCUCGGGGCCAAGAAGUUUUACGGAAAAUUUUGCGCCGGUGCCAUCGAUCAUAUCAGUAUUCGUCAGCUUCAACUCAUGCUGCUCAAAGUCGCGCUCCUCCUGGGCAUCGAAAUCCAUGUCAACGUCGAAUUCAAGGGGCUCAUCGAACCUCCCGAAGACCAGGAGAGUGAAAGGAUAGGCUGGAGGGCCGAGGUUCACCCCAGGACACACCCUGUCAACGAGCUGGAGUUUGACGUCAUCAUUGGAGCAGACGGAAGGAGAAACACACUACCAGGUUUUCGCCGUAAGGAAUUCCGUGGAAAGCUGGCCAUCGCCAUCACGGCCAACUUCAUCAACAGGAACACGACAGCAGAGGCGAAGGUGGAAGAGAUCAGCGGCGUGGCCUUCAUCUUCAACCAGAAGUUCUUUCAAGACCUCAGAGAAGCGACAGGUAUUGACCUGGAAAACAUCGUCUACUACAAGGAUGACACGCACUACUUUGUGAUGACUGCCAAAAAACAAAGCCUGCUGGAGAAAGGAGUCAUUCUGCAUGACUAUGCAGACACGGAACUGCUGCUGUCCAGAGCAAACGUGGACCAGGUCGCCCUUUUGUCUUACGCCCGCGAGGCUGCCGAUUUCUCCACCAACCACCAGCUCCCCACGCUGGAUUUCGCCAUCAACCACUACGGCCAGCCCGAUGUCGCCAUGUUUGACUUCACGUGCAUGUACGCGUCGGAGAACGCCGCCAUGGUGCGUCAGCGCAACGGCCACAAGCUGCUGGUGGCGCUGGUUGGAGACAGCCUAUUGGAGCCCUUUUGGCCCAUGGGUACCGGCAUUGCUCGGGGGUUCCUGGCAGCCAUGGACUCGGCGUGGAUGGUGAAGAGCUGGGCUCAGGGAAAAACUCCUGCAGAGGUUCUGGCUGAGAGGGAGAGCAUCUACCGUCUGCUGCCCCAGACGACACCAGAAAACGUCAGCAAGAACUUCAGUCAGUACAGCGUGGAUCCGACCACCCGCUACCCCAACGUCAGCCUCAACUUCCUCAAAGCCAGCCAGGUACGGCAUCUCAUGGACACGGGAGAGUCCACGGAGAUGCGCAUCGAAAUCGAGAACGUGAUCAACUCCUCCACGCCCAAGUUGGCCAGGAAUGAAUCCAUCGCUCGAUCCAGUAAACUUCUCAACUGGUGCCAGCGACAAACGGACGGAUAUCGGAACGUUUGCGUUAAAGAUCUCACCAUGUCAUGGAAGAGCGGCUUGGCCCUGUGCGCGCUCAUUCAUCGAUACCGGCCAGAUCUCAUUGACUUCGAGCGUCUGGACGAGCGAGACCAGGAAAAGAACAACCAGUUGGGAUUUGACUUGGCGGAGAGAGAAUUUGGCAUCUCACCCUGCAUGACGGGCAAGGAGAUGUCUUCUGUUGUGGAGCCCGACAAGCUUUCCAUGGUCAUGUACCUCAGCCAGUUCUACGAGAUGUUCAAGGACACAGUGCCACCCGGAGAUAACCAAAACCUGAGUCCAGAGGACAAGGCGGCUCUCAUGGCGAGCACCAAAUCUCCCAUCUCCUUCUUCAGCAAGCUUGGCCAGAGCAUCGCCAUCUCCAGGAAGCGUAACCCCAAGCAGGACAAAAAAGAAAAGGGCGUGGACGGUUUAGGGAAGAGAAGGAAAACCAGCCAGUCUGAAGAGGAGGAAGCGUCCAAGGCUGGUCGUGAAGACAGCCACGUCGUCGUAGCGACUGCGUUGUCCGAGCGAAAGAUGGAUCCUUCUGCCAUCGGGAACAACAACAAAGUCAAGGUCAUGGCUACGCAGCUGCUCGCCAAGUUCGAGGAAAACGCUCCCGCUCAGUCCUCGGGACUCAAACGUCAGGGGGAUUCUCUACCCAAUCUGGACUGCCUUUUGCCCCCCUCCCCGCCCAAACCCCUUGAGCCAGUGCGGCUGGCACCAGUCCCGGCUUGGAGAAAGAGACGCACACAACAGCAGGAGCAGCUCAGCAUUCGAUAUAAAGAAAAGAUCAAGUGCCAGACCUUACCCAACAGAGGGGACCAGGCAAGAGGUGGCGGCGACCAAGCGUCCGGCUCGGGUUCUCGGAGCUGCCCAAAGAAAACCAUUUUGCUCCUUUCUUCAUCGUCAUCCACUUCCUCGCUUUCUCUGCACACCGAGCGCUAUAUACGGAUGUACACGGGGGGUGUUAGCUCAUUGGCUGAGCAGAUAGCCACCCAGCUCCAGGCUCAGGAAGAGUCCAAACCUUUACCUGAGAAGAGAGAUGCGGGAUCCCUCAGAAAAGAGUUCCCGGUCAACAUCGGCGGCAGCGACGUUUGCUUUUUCUGUCGUAAGAGAGUCUACGUGAUGGAGAGACUGAGUGCCGAAGGGAAGUUCUUCCAUCGUACCUGCUUCAAGUGCGACUACUGUGGCACCACGCUGCGCCUGUCGUCCUAUGCCUUCGACGUCGAGGAUGGGAAGUUUUACUGCAAGCCCCACUAUUGUUACCGUCUUUCUGGCUACGCUCAAAGAAAGAGGCCUGCACCUUCGCCCUCCCCAGCGCCAACCACUAAGGAGAACCAAGAGCCCGUGUCUCCGGCGGCGACGGUCGACGCCCCCGGAAGGGCGAUGGCGGCGUCAGCACCAUCCCCCUCAGCCGAGCUCCGGCCCUCAGCGUCCGACGUCAACGGGAUGCAGGAACCAAGUCUGGCAAAACGGCUUCGCGGCACGCCGGAGCGCAUCGAGCUGGAGAACUACCGACUGUCUCUGCAGAGGGAGGAGGAGUUGGAGGAGGUGCCGGAGGAGACGCUGGCAGAGCAUAACCUCAGCAGCGUCCUGGAUAAAGCCACCGACGUCGACCUGGGCUCCAGCAGCUCAGAGUCUGACAUGGACGAGGAGGACGAGCAGGAGGAUCAAGACGACGAGGCGGAAGAGGACUUUCAGCAUCUCCCCAGCCCCUCGGACCUCGGAGGCGUUCCGUGGAAGGAGGCGGUGCAGCUCCACGCCAAACUUCGGGGCGGCCACUACGAGGACGACGCUCUCGUUGAACUGGAGGAGGACAACGAGGGAGAAGAUGACGAGGAGUCCAGUGAAGAGGGUGAUUACUGCCCAUGGGACAGGGAACUCCAGUCAGGACUUUGGCUGGAAAAGUACCUCACAGAUGAAGAUGGUGUUGGUACUUUUAAAGCCAAGAACCUGCAGGUUCAACAAAUCCUGCUCCCUUUGGAUCCUCUUGAAAUUCCAGUUGUGACGGGAACGCAGCUGGACUCGGAGACGGACACGAGUGGCCAAGUGGCCUCAUCGGCCCGGCCCGUUGAGCCCUCGCUGCUCUCUUCCACAGCCCCUGUCCACACAUCCGCCCGGCACGAAGCAGUGCGAGUCUGGUUGGAGUCAAUGUCUGGAGAGCCUUGUGAGGAGGAGGAUUUGGAAGCAGAAGCCGAUAGUCCCGAUAUGGAGCCUGGAACGGAAAUGGAUCAGGAUGACAUCCCGUCCGAUGCUGAAGCUGAGGCUCGUUUGCAUCGUCGGCAGGACGAUAUCGCUGAAAGCGUGGCAAUAACUUCAAAUAUUGAAGCAUCCAUCACUGAAAACGACGCCGUCUUAACGCCGGUGUUAGCUUCGCCAGAGCCUGAAAGACCGGCAAAAUCUCCGGAAAACUGCUUUUUCCCAGAACCGGUUGUCUCUCCGGAACCCGGAAUUGAGACUACAACACCUUCACCGGUUUGCAAUUCCCCAACAACUUCCCUUGAUCCGUCCCCUUCCAAGUCCCCAACGGCUGCCUCAGUCCCGGCUAAUCCGUCCCCCCCCAACGCCGCCUCGCCGGUCAGUCCAACCGUCCAGAGCCCCCUCAGAUCCCCAGUUAAGUCCCCUAUUGGAUCCCCGAUUUGUUCCCAGCCUACUCCACUACCAGAGACCCCUACGCCAAAGUCGCCCGUUUACCCUCAUCGGUCGAUUUGUCCGCUUACGGGGAACCCGCUUUCCCCAAUUUGCGCCCAGCCUCUACCCUGCCAUGAACCGUCAUCACCUCAGGCGUCGGAUUCCCCGGUUCGAACCCAGCCUAUUCCAAAUAUUACUUCGACACCCAUAACCAGACUCGACAGAACCACACCCGAACAUUCACAGUCGGAGGACCUUUCAACGGAUGAAUCCGUAUCGAAAAAAACUGAUAUCAUCGAGGAGUUCUGGUUGAAGAGCGCAGAGAUCCGGAAAAGUCUCGGUUUGUUGCCUUUAGAUCGAAGUAAUAAAAUCUCGGAAAAGACUCCGAUAAAAGACUCUACCAAGACGCCGACUCUGGAAUCGUUUCAGGACCAGAAGCCUUCAUUAACCGGGCGUACUGUGAUUCGCAGACUCAACAUAACUCUCGAAGGUCAAGUCAUUACUCCGAUCGGAUCUAACGACUCCGAGAAGAAAGACCUCAGCAGCAGUUCUGGCGUAGGUCUCAACGGAAGCGUGCCCGUAAGUCAAACCGCAAACAGCGACGGUUAUAACACCUCGGAUUCUGUCAUGCUAACGCCGCCGUCCAGUCCGCCGCCGCCUGUACCGGCGAAUCAGUCCCCGGCGGUUUUCCGACAACAACACCAAGUCUCUUGGAGCAACGGAACCGAUAAACCUCCGUACGAUGAUGAUACCAAAGAACCACAGAAAACAAAGACUCCAGUUCCAUUGCGGAGAACCCAACUAAGUCCUGUAUCGGUACCGAAACCUGCACCCAGAAAAGUCAUUGUCCCGAUUCCAGAUCUGGAAGUAACACCUCCGGUUAUUAUGAGAGAGAAAAAGAAUCUUCGCUCAGAAGAGCAGCAAGUCAGGAAGUCUUUUGUGGAAACGGUGGAAGAGAUUCCGUUUGCCGACGACGUGGAAGAGAACUUCGACUUUGAACGAACGCCAGAAACCGCGAGCAAAUCCAAAUCCGCGGAAAAACCGCCUUUUCAUUUAGCGUUAGCAAUGGAAAACGGUAAACCCAGUAUCCAUGCUAGCUCAAAGACGCAACAACGGGAAACUCGAUUCUCUCCGGAAGCUAAAGAAAUCGCAGAGGAGAGGAUGAGAUCUAGAGAAAAGUCCAUCAAGAGCCAAGUUCUCAAAGACGCGAUGGCGAAGCAGUUGAAUAAAAUGAAAGACUCCGACGCGGAAAACGCCGUGUCACCGAAAGUGGCGUGGAACGUCACGCCGGAAGUGGUCAACAAAAGUACCAAAUUUUCCGUAUCUCCAAAGACGUCUGCUGUGAAAUCUCUUGAAUCCAAGAAAUCCGAGACUCUACCCGAACGUCUCUUCAGUAGCAACCGAAGUCUUGACAGCUCCGUCGCGUCAUCCGAUAGUUCUUCCACGAGUAAAAGCAAAAAACGAAGUUCGCUUUUUUCGCCGCGUAAGAACAAAAAGGAGAAAAAAUCCAAAAACGACGCCGCUCGACUUUCCGUAACGGAUGAGACGCCACCCAAGCACAAGUCCUUGUGGAAAACCGUCUUUUCCGGGUACAAGAAAGACAAGAAGAAAAAAGACGACAAAUCAUGUCCGAGUACGCCAUCAUCCGGAUCCAUCACUCAAGACUCGGGUAAAAAGCGAACCCCGCCUGUUGGAAAACCGUCGGACAUGAAGUCCCGCAGGAACUUGAGCUUUUCCGAGGAUUCCGAUCUGUCAUGUGACGACGUUUUGGAGCGAUCGUCCCAGAAGUCAAAGGCAGAUCGACAUACGGACAUCUUUGACCUAGUGUCAGGCAUGCAGAAGGAGGCAAUGAAAGAGGAGAAAGCGGACAAGGAGAGAAGGAGGGAGGUGAAAGGAAAGAAAAGAGUGAAAGAGAGGCAAAAAGAGAGUGAUGGAGAGAAGGGAAAAGACAAUGAGUCUGUUUAUGUCCCUCAUGCACUGGCGUUCAAGAGAUCGUACGCCUCAAAGAAAACCUACACAGAGGAAGAACUGAAUGCCAAGCUGACCCGCAGGGUUCAGAAAGCUGCCCGGCGACAAGCGAAGCAAGAAGAACUGAAGAGGCUGCAUCGUGCCCAGAUCAUCCAGAGGCAGUUGGAGCAGGUGGAGGAGAAGCAGAGGCAGCUGGAGGAGAAAGGAGUCGCCGUGGAGAAGGCGUUGCGAGGGGAAGCAGGGUUGUACAAAGGUACUUAUACAUUACCCAAACAGCACAAAAGAAGAUCAGACUAUUGGGGAGAUUCUAAUUACAGUGAAAUCCUGGACUUGCAUCUGGGCGGCAUGGGCAAGAAGGACGAUCCCAAACUCAUGCAAGAGUGGUUCAAGCUAGUGCAGGAGAAGAACGCCUUGGUCCGCUACGAGUCCGAACUCAUGAUAUUCGCCAGAGAGUUGGAGCUGGAGGACCGACAGAGUCGACUACAGCAGGAACUCAGGGAGCGAAUGGCAGUGGAAGACCACCUGAAAACGGAGAAGGAGCUCGCACAGGAGAAGCAGAUCUUAAACGAGAUGCUGGAUGUGGUGGAGCAACGCGACGCCCUGGUGGCCCUCCUGGAGGAACAACGGCUCCGGGAGAAGGAGGAAGACAAGGACCUGGAAGCCGUGAUGCUCUCCAAAGGCUUCAACCUCAAUUGGGUUUAAGUCGGUUUAAGUCGGUUUAAGUCGUUUAAGUUCCGACAGGUCCCCCGGGGGGGGGUCUUCUUCGGUCGGGACAUCGGAGAAAAGAACGGUGACGGGUCGAUCUGAGACGGCCUGAACGCAUGAAAACCGGUGGCGGCGACUGGCGUCAUCGCAGCGUUUACAAAUCGUCAGCCCCCGCAGGCAGUGACAGUUACUCACUUGGCAGGUUGGGGCCGACUCCGUGAGUGGAGCGACGGCACACAUACACACACACACACACACACACUUUAUUAUCAUCCCAGCCGUUAAUUUGGGAAUAUCGGAAAAGGAAAAGGGAAUAUCGCAGUUUGGUCCUGCUGAUGUACAGGAAGUCCAUAAUCGUGUAAAUAGCUGAGUAGUAGCAGUCUGUUUUACAGGAAAUCGCACCCCCCACUUUGUUAUCCCACUGAAGACCACUCAAGGCCGCCCCCUCCCCCGGGCCCCGGCCCCCCGGCCCCCGGCCCCCACUCCAACUUUAAUAAUGUAUUUAUUAUCAUUUUUGUUGCGUAUGUUGCAUUCACACGGGAGUGCCCAGCGUGUCCAAACCUGUGAAGCCCCCGCCCCCCGGCCCCCGCCCCCCGGCCCCCGCCCCCCGGCACCCACUCCAACUUUAAUAAUGUAUUUAUUAUCAUUUUUGUUGCGUAUGUUGCAUUCACACAGGAGUGCCCAGUGUGUCCAAACCUGUGAAGCCCCCUGGCCCCCGCCCCCUGGCCCCCGCCCCCCGGCCCCCAUUCCAACUUUAAUAAUGUAUUUAUUAUCAUUUUUGUUGCGUAUGUUGCAUUCACACAGGAGUGCCCAGCGUGUCCAAACCUGUGAAGCCCCCAACAUCCACCCCCACCCCCGGCCCCCGGCCCCACCUCCAUCCAUGCAUCCAAGGACAUAGAAUACAGAUGUAUUAGGAGCCCACCACAUUAUGAGUGUAACCAUUGUGGUCCCACCACAUUUGGAGACUGGUUCUCCUCAUUUUUGGGGGCCGGGGGCCGGGGGGGUGUCCAAAAUUUUAUUUGAAUUUUUUUUAGCAUUUUUAUUGUCCAUCGGACAUCGGAAUUCAAUAAGGGAAAAAAAAAAUGGAAACAAGACAUUUCUCCAAAGACAAGCGGCCAUUUUAGAUUAUUUUUCCAGGCACACGGAAUGCUGUGUCUUCCCACGUAUCCCAAAACACGGACCCCAUCCAAGAUUCGACUCCCGUCUUCCAUCACGAGAAAAGGACGAAAAAUGGGAAAACAAGACAUUUCUCCAAAGACAAGCGGCCAUUUUAGAUUAGACCAGGAUGGCUGAUUUUUCCGGGCACACGGAAUGUUGUGUUUUCCUACAUACAUAACAUAAAUAAAUCCGUAGUAUCAGUUUCUUAAUAGUAUUUUAAAUGGGGGGAGGGGGGGGCGUGAUUUUUUUUUUUUCCGUCCCCUGGUGGGACUAUGACAGAAAGAAAUUGAGAACCACUGCUCUGGGGGCCCCCGCCUACCCCCCCCCCCCAAGACAGCUGGGAUAGGCUCCAGCCCCCCCCCCCCCCGUGAGGAUAAGCGGUACAAAAUGAAUAAAUGAAUGAAUGCUCUAGGGGCGUCUCACAAUAAAUAAAUAAAAAAUUAUGAAAAAUAAUAAAAGUAAGAAUAUCCCAACCGGUCAUAGAGGUGCUCCAACAGCUGGUCUCGGUGCCAAAUACGCACCCAAUGUCUUUCAUGUGUUUCCCUACGUAUCCAAAUUUAUAAAUCAAAUGGAGGGGGUGUGAAAAAAAAACUUUUCCGUAUUCAAUAUUAUAUACAAUAUAAUAUUUAAUAUACAAUUUAAUAUACAAUAUAAUAUUCAAUAUAAUAAUUCAUUAAUUUUUUUACCGCUUAUCGGGGUCAGGGUCGCGGGGGGUGCUGGAGCCUAUCCCAGCUGUCUUGGGACUGGACUGGUCGCCAGCCAUAAUAUAAUAUACAGUAUAAUAUUCAAUAUAAUAUUCAAUAUAAUAUACAAUAUUCAAUAUAAUAUACCAUGUAAUGUACCAUAUAAUAUAAAAUAUAAUAUACAAAAUAAUAUUUAAUAUAAUAUACACUAUAAUAUUCAAUAUAAUAUACAAUAUAAUAUACAAUAUUCAAUAUAAUAUACAAUAUUCAAUAUAAUAUACCAUGUAAUGUACCAUAUAAUAUACAAUAUAAUAUUCAAUAUAACAUGUUGGUUGUUUACAAAAUGUCACGUACCAUUUUUAUGAUUUUUAACCCGAGCUGGGCAAAAAAAACGCCCCCCAAAUCCCCCCCCCCCCCCCCGGCCGCCUCAUUGAUUGACUGAUCACCACUCCAGUCACGUUGGAAGAAAUGCAUGUUCCUUUUCCGACCUUUAACCUUUGACCUGACCUGUUUUUUUUUUUUCUUCAACUAACUGGAAGGCUAACGUGGUCAAAGGUGAAACAAAGCGUCUCCAGGCGAGGAGCUUAAAUCAAUCUGGAAAGCUUGCAGAAAACGUCAUAUUAAUAAUAUAUAUGUAUUUUUUUAAACAUCUUCAGACUAUCUUCAGCCACAUGCUGAAGAUACAAGCCUUGGUUUGAAACCGCUGUCACAUUUAUGGCUAAAGCGCCGCAGUUUUAUUGCAUGCCAUAUCCAAAGUUCAGAGCGGCAGCCACAAAAGUGGAGCACAUUUUAAAAUAGAAUUUGACAAGAAUUUUUUUUUAAAAAACAGCAGAAAUUGAAAUAUUAACAGCAAUUAUUUUGGAUAAAAUAUUAUAUCAAAUAUUAGAGGAAAAUUUUACAAUUUUAAUUUUAUGAGAAUUAACUCAUAUUAUAAAGAAAUUAUGAUAAAAAAUAAUAUUUUUGGAGCAUAACAUUGAAACAUUGAAGAAAAAGAAUUUUGAAAAAAAAAAUUGAAAAAAAAUUCGAAAAAUGCUAAUGUUUUGAGAAUUAAGUCAAAAUUACUACAAGAACAUUUUCAAGAAGAAAUAUAAAAAGUUGGCCAAAUUUACAAAAAAUUUUAAAACGAUUUUAUGGAGAAUAAUUCAUGGACAAUAACAUGAAAAAUAUGAUAUUCUAACGGGGCUAAAAUUUUGGCAAUUAUACAAGAAUGAGCUGGUAAUGUGAUGAGGAAAAAUAUUAAAGAAAAAUGUUUAACGUCAUUAUUAUGGAAAUAAAGUCAUACUACUACAAGAAGAAAAUAAAAAUAUAAUAUAUAAUAUAUGAAAUAUAUAAAAAAAUUCUAGGAAAAAAUCCUCCCAAAAACAAAUCAAAGAGUGAAUUGAUGCGUUUUUCACCUGCUGAUUUUAUGACAAUUAACUCACAUUAUGAAGAAAUUAUGAUGAAAAAAUAAUAUUUUUGGAGAAUAACAUUGAAACAUUAAAGGGAAAAAAAUUUUGAAAAAAAAAUGUGAAAAAUAUUAAUGUUGGCCAAAUUUACAAAAAUUGAUAAAAUGAUUUUAGGGAGAAAAUAUGAAAAAUAUGAUAUUUUAACGAGUGGAAAAGUGGCAAUUUUACAAGAAUGAGCUGGUAAUGUGAUGAGGAAAAAUAUUAAAGAAAAAUGUUUAAAUACAAAUAAAAAUAAUUAAAAAAAUAAAAAAAAUAAAUAAAAAUAAUAUUAAAACUGAUAUUCUAAAGGGGUAAAAAGUGGCAAUUUUACAAGAAUGAGCUGGUAAUGUGAUGAGGAAAAAUAUUAAAGAUUUUUUAAAAUAUAAAUAACAAUAAUUUUAAAAAAUAAAAUAAUGAAAUAAAUAAAUACAAAUAAUAUUUAGAAAAAUAAUAAAGUCAUACUACUACAAGAAGAAAAUAGAAAUAUUAUAUAUAAAAUAUAUUUUAAAAAUUCAGGAAAAAAAUCCUCCCAAAAACAAAUCAAAAAGUAAAUUGGUUCAUUUUUCACCCAAAAUAUUUGGACACCCCUGGUUUAUUUGUUCGAUACCGCUACCUCACGGACUCUUCGUUAAUAAUUCCAUUCACGUUUGCUCUUUUUUUGCCUUUUCUACUUCAUUUCUACUCUACUUUAGCGUCUUCACAGUCACUUUCUGUCUGGGGGGUGGAAUCAUUUGCAAUGCAAAUUUUGUGGAUAUUUAGCAUAAAAAUUGUCGUACGGCUUACACUGAACGUGUGACGUAUGACUUGGUGCGUGUGCUAGGAUGGGUUGUUGUAGUGCGUGUGUGUGUGCGUGUGUUUGUGUGCGCGACGCGAUUGUCUUGAUAUUUAUUGACGUGUGAAAAGUGUAUUAUAUGUAAAAAAAAAUAAGAAUGCUAAUUUUGAAAUUUUUGUUGACACGAUUUGUGUAAAUGCUUGUGUAGCUUCCAUGGAUGUGUGUCGGAUAUGUCGGAUGUGUCGGAUGUAUGCUGCAAGCGGCAAUAAAACAAUGCAGUUGCUCUUUUCUAA